CGGGACGGUGAGCUGAAAGUUUAGUGGCGCGCGGGGAAAGGAGGCGCGAUGUCGUUGGCGGAUCAAAGUCAACAGUGGCUCACCGCGCGCGCCAAGGUGUCGGUGCUGCAGGCGCGCGGCCUGCGAAUCAAAGGCAAGCUCGGCACGGACGGCGCGCACGUGCUGCUGCAGGUGGGCUCGCAGAAGUUCAGCACGCCGAAGGGGCCGCCGCAGCGCGCGGACCCGUUGUGGGAGGGGCAGGAGGCCGCGUUCGAGCUCGCGGGCUUCCCGGAGAACAGCGCAGCCCUUCGCGUGCAGGUGAUGCAGCGCGCGCUGGUGGGGCCGGACAAACUGCUGGGGCAAAGCGACAUCGACCUGGGAGAGCUGUACAGCAACAGGGGCCGAGACAGGACAGAAUGGUUCAAACUGUUUGGAAAACCAGGCAAGCCGGAGAAGGACCGAGGAGAGAUCCUGCUGGACAUCCAGUUUCUGAAGGGCAGCAUGUCCGCCAGCAUGUUCGACCUGUCCAGCCAGGACAAAUCACGCUCCAAAAUCGGCAAGCUGAAGGACAAACUACGGGGCAAGAAGAAGGAGGGUCUGUCCGACUCUGCCUCUGCCAUCGUCCCCUCUGUCACUCAGGUGAUGACUGACAGCGAGGGGGAGGAAGAGGAGGAGCCGGCUUCGGGAGAGAAGAAGAAGAAAAACAAACUGAAGUCUCUGUUUGUCCCCAAAUCCAGUCUGCAGAAGAGCACAUCUCAGUCCAUGUCUACUCUCAGCCCUUUCCCCGAGAGAGAUUCGGCCGUUGCGUCCAGCAACUCCUCUGGCCUCAACGUGGAGUCUCCAGAAGGGAAGAAGAAAUUUAAGCUGUUCACCCACAAACGCAACAGCAGCACAGACAGUAAAGUGUCCCAGAGCGGCUUCGUCUCCAAGCAGAGCGCCCCGCCGAUGGUGUGUAUCAACGGCAGUCACAUCUACAGCGAGGAGCCCGAAACUAAAGGGUCUUCACUCAGUCUGACCAGCUCCGGACAUGGGUCAAUGGAGGAGCUGAGACGAGAGAAAGAAGAGAGAGAACGACUGGAGGAGGAGAGGAGGAGGGCCGAGAGGGAGGUGGAAGAAGAGAGGAGAAAGGUUGAAGAAGAAAUAAGAAGAAAGGAGAGACAGGAGGAAGAACAAAGAAAGAUAGAGGAAGAGAGAGAGAGGAUGAGGGUGGAGAGGGAGAAAGACGAACAGAGGAGAAAAAUUGAGGAAGAAAGAAAAAGGAAGAUGAGAGAGGAGGAAGAGCAAAGAAAGAUUGAGGAGGAGAAACAGAGGGAAAAAAUUGAGGAAGAAAGAAAAAGGAAGGAGAGAGAAGAGAAGCAAAGAAAGAUUGAGGAGGAAAAAGAGAGAAUGAGGGUGGAAAGGGAGAAAGAAGAACAGAUGGAAAAAAUUGAGGAAGAAAGAAAAAGGAAGGAGAGAGAAGAAAAGCAAAGAAAGAUUGAGGAGGAAAAAGAGAGGAUGAGGGUGGAAAGGGAGAAAGAAGAACAGAUGGAAAAAAUUGAGGAAGAAAGAAAAAGGAAGGAGAGAGAAGAGAAGCAAAGAAAGAUGGAGGAAGAAAAAGAGAGGAUGAGGGUGGAAAGGGAGAAAGAAGAACAGAGGAGAAAAAUUGAGGAAGAAAGAAAAAGGAAGGUGAGAGAGGAGGAAGAGCAAAGAAAGAUUGAGGAGGAGAAAGAGAGGAUGAGGGUGGAGAGGGAGAAAGAAGAACAGAGGGAAAAAAUUGAGGAAGAAAGAAAAAGGAAGGAGAGAGAAGAGAAGCAAAGAAAGAUUGAGGAGGAAAAAGAGAGGAUGAGGAUGGAGAGGGAGAAAGAAGAACAGAGAAAGAUUGAGGGAGAAAGAAAAAGAAUGGAGAGAGAAUCAGAAGAACAAAGGAGAAAACUUGAGGAGAUGGAAAGAGAGAGGAAGAGGAUUGAGGAGGAGAGAAGAUUGGCUGAGGAGAAGAGGAGGAGGACAGAGGAGGAGGAAAGGCUGAGGGAAGAGGAGAGAAGAAAGAUGGAGAGAAGGUUAACAGAGGAGAAGGUGAGGGAGGAAGAAGAGAGGAGGCGAAGAGUGGCUGAGGCGGAGGAGGCGGAGAAUCGAAGGCGAGAAGCAGAAGAAAAGAGAGUACAUGAAGAGAAGGAGAGAAAGAGGAGAGAGGAGGAGGAGAGGAGAGAGCGUGAGAAAGAAGAGAGGAAGGAGAAGCAGAGGCUGAGGAUGGAGGAAGAAAAAUGGACCAUUGAGAUGAAAGAGGAGGAAGAAGUAUUGCAGAAGGAAGAGAGGGAGAUGAAGGAAGCAGAGCAGGAGAAGAAGCCAGUUCCAAAAGCCAGGACUGGUAAAGUGAGUUCAGCCCCAAAACUCGAGGAUCCUCAAGAGGAACUUUCCUUUGAGGACAGGUUAUUCACCAACCCAUUUGAACUGAGUUUCUCUGAGCAACCUACUUCCACAAACCCCUUUGAGGAACCGACCGACUCUCAACCAACAGCCUCAGCUCGCUCGGCCAGGGUGUCUACAGUGAAGCCCAGCGCGUCCACCUCCGGGACAGCUUCUCAGCUGUCUGUACCAAAUACCAACCCAUUCUUGGACGAUGACGAUUCAGUCGAUGACGGUUUAGAGAACCUCAGCAGUGUUGGAAGGAGCACAGCUAAGAAAAAACGUGCCCCAUUGCCUCCUCAAAACAAGCCAGAUAUGUCAAGAUCAACCAUUCCUUCAAAAGAUAUCCUGCUCGAAGAAACAGAACAGUUCACAAAAGAAGUGUCAAAGCGCCCAGCACCUCUUCCACCAGGCAGUCUGAAGAAAACCACAGAAGAGCCAGUCGAAGAAUCUACUGUGGCUUUUGGUCACAGAGAGAAGGAAAUCCUUGCUGUUCUGGAGAACACUCAGACAAGCAAAGCGGCACCUAUCUCCAAAGAUGAGCUAAAGGCUUGGUGUAUUCAAAGCAUGAAGGCAAGACAAGGACAAAAUUCAUCUCCUCAAAAAAUCUAUUCCAACAGCAAUCAAGCUAUUACAGGACAGACUGGCCAAAAUGAGUCCACUAAGAAACAAGCUGAUACCAACACUUCCACAUGUGGUGGUGGAACAGUGGUUGCCAGACACAACAAGGGACCAGCACCUGCAAAACCCUCAGCUGCUUCAAGUCAGAAGUCUCUGUCUGGAGAUGAACUGUCAAGCCAUAGCACUAGUCUAAAAGGGGGUACCAUUCACCCUGAAGAAAAAGCAAAUGGUUUUGCCAACUCUGAAAGCAAAGAUAAUCCUUCAAAGUUGACAGCUGUGGAAGGACCAAAGUCUCUUGUAGCUGAAGGCACCAAACCUGAACUUGCAGAUGAGUUGUCGCCCAAAGAUACUGCUGCAGAAUCUUUACAGAAUAGCUAUACUGACAAUCUUCCUAGAGGAGAAGAGAUUGUGGAACAUCUGAGCACGAUGAAUAAACCUGAAUCUCUGGAGAGUGAAGCAUUGACCGGAAUUGCCAAAAAGAAGUCUCAGGCUCCACUACCUCCAGCCAAACCAAAAAGAAUUGGAAACACAGACUCGACAAAUCAGCAGCCUUCUCUUUCAAGGACUUUACAGGCUAACCUUGGACACUUUCCAGAGAGCCAAAGCAACAAGGACGAUGACAAGGCACAGGACACUUUGUCAAUCAUAUGCCCCUCUGUUACAGCUUCAUCCUCAACAUUUGCUCCACUUGCUGAGGAGUCGGAGGUGAUGAAAGCAUGUGUUUCCGUGUCUACAAGCUUGGGGUUGAGGGCACUGCCUUGUGCCAGGGUGGUACCCACUGAUGCUCAGAGCAGUGCAGGUGAAGUGAAGGGGGCAGGAGGACCUCCUGCCUCAGUAAUCAGACAGCAAGCAGUCAAACCUCUGAACGCCGCGGACAAACAGUCAGACCUCAGAGAGACUAACGGCAAAGCUGCUGGAGCUUCGGACAGCAUGCAGCCCAAAACAGAGGCUGCGGAGGUGGUGAGUAAAGGUCCGUAUUCCCAGCUAACUAGGGCUGAGCUGAUCUCCCUGGUGAUCCGGCAGCAGGAGCAGCUCUCCCAGCGCGAUUCCAGGAUCACGGAGCUGGAGCAGUACAUCGACAACCUGCUGGUGCGGGUCAUUGAGGAACACCCCAGCAUCCUGAUGUCCAUUAACUCAAUGAAGAAGGCUGUUUGAACUGAGCUUCAUGACCUCCAGCUAUGGGUCCUCACUGGCCUGCACUGUUUGAAGCGACAGUUUGGCAAAAAAAAAAAAAAACACAAUGUACAAAAUUGUGUCUGCACUUUAGUCCAUCUUUAUGGAUAACA